UAGUCUAGUCAGCCUCUUUUUCGGGGUUGCCCCCCCACUGGUGACCGCGGCAAGAUAGGCCGCGGCCAGAUGUGGGGCGGGAGAACGGGCGCCUUGCUCCGGGUGUGGGGGCUGUGGCCGGCAGGGGUCCUCGGAAGGAGACCAUUAAGCUGCAAUGCUGCGUCUCUGGCGGGAAGCAAUUCCCCCCAGUGUUGGAACUGCGGCGGCCCAGGGGGCCCCAUGCGGGGGGACGGGUUCUUCUGCCCACAGUGCCGCGCACUGCAGCCACCUGACCCCACUCGAGAUUACUUCAGCCUCAUGGACUGCAACCGUGCCUUCAGAGUUGACACAGCAAAGCUCCAGACCAGGUACCAGGACCUACAGCGUCUUGUCCACCCUGACUUCUUCAGCCAGAGGUCUCAGACUGAAAAGGACUUCUCAGAGAAGCAUUCAACCCUGGUGAAUGAUGCCUAUAAGACCCUUCUGGCUCCCCUGAGCAGGGGACUAUACCUUCUAAAGCUCCAUGGAGUAGAGAUUCCCGAAGGGACAGAUUAUGAAAUGGACAGGCAGUUCCUCAUGGAAAUAAUGGAAAUCAAUGAAAAACUUGCAGAAGCUCAAAGCGAAGCUGCCGUGAAAGAGAUUGAAUCUGUUGUCAGAGCUAAACAGAACGAAUUGACUGACAAUGUGAGCAGAGCUUUUGAACAAGGAUCCCUUGUUGAUGUUGACCUGAGAAGCCAUGUGUAGAUGCCUCAUCACCACUCUCCGUGCUCACCAUGACCAUGCCAAUGUCCAGAGGAUCCAGUUAGUCAACUAAAAAUUAACAAGGAAACAAGCAGACAGGGGACCGAGACUAAAGGAGACUCAAGAGACAAGAAAACCUGGGGCGCCUGGGUGGCACAGCGGUUAAGCGUCUGCCUUCG